AUGACUGUGGUGUCCACUGAGAAUAUGGACGAGACGUCCACUCUGCCAGGGCACCCGCAGGACCCCUACCCCCCCGACCACGACCUCGAGGAGCAUGACUGCUGUGAGCGUGUGGUCAUCAACAUCUCAGGGCUGCGCUUUGAGACACAGCUCAAAACACUGGCCCAGUUUCCAGAUACACUCUUGGGAAACCCUAAGAAGAGAAUGCGCUACUUUGACCCCCUGCGAAAUGAGUAUUUCUUUGACCGCAAUCGCCCCAGUUUCGAUGCCAUCCUGUACUAUUACCAGUCAGGAGGUCGGCUUAGGAGGCCAGUCAAUGUGCCACUAGAUAUGUUUUCUGAAGAAAUCAAAUUUUAUGAAUUGGGUGCAGAAGCCAUGGAGAAGUUCCGUGAGGACGAGGGCUUCAUAAGGGAGGAGGAGCGACCACUGCCAGAGAAGGAGUUCCAGAGACAGAUCUGGCUCUUGUUUGAACAUCCAGAAAGUUCAGGGCCUGCCCGGGGGAUUGCCAUAGUCUCUGUGAUGGUCAUCCUCAUUUCCAUUGUUAUAUUUUGUUUGGAAACGUUACCAGAACUGAAGGAGGAUCCUAGAGAUCGAGUACAUACUGUGGGCAACACCACUUUAUAUUACCAUCCAAAUGUCCUCACUGACCCUUUCUUUGUGGUGGAGACACUUUGCAUUAUCUGGUUUUCUUUUGAACUAAUAGUCAGAUUUUUUGCAUGUCCCAGUAAGGCUGCCUUCUUUAAAAACAUGAUGAACUCUAUUGACAUUGUGGCUAUCAUCCCAUACUUUAUUACAUUGGGAACAGAGCUUGCUGAUGAUCAAGAGAACAGAGAGAGCAAGGGUGGAGGAGAACAGGCCACUUCUUUGGCUAUACUCAGGGUCAUUCGCUUGGUCAGGGUCUUCAGGAUUUUUAAAUUGUCCAGGCACUCAAAGGGGCUGCAGAUUUUAGGGCAGACUCUAAAAGCCAGCAUGCGAGAGCUGGGCUUGCUUAUUUUCUUCCUUUUCAUAGGUGUAAUUUUGUUCUCCAGUGCCGUCUACUUUGCUGAGGCUGAAGACAAGGACUCCUUUUUUACUAGCAUCCCGGACGCAUUCUGGUGGGCCGUGGUUUCCAUGACCACAGUGGGCUAUGGGGAUAUGUACCCUGUCACCAUUGGGGGUAAGAUUGUGGGCUCACUGUGUGCUAUAGCAGGAGUACUGACCAUCGCCCUGCCUGUUCCUGUCAUUGUGUCCAACUUUAACUACUUCUACCAUCGUGAGACCGAGGGUGAGGAGCAGGCCCAGUUCCUGAAUGUGAGUCAGCAGAACCUGGCUUCAGAGACCAACUCAAGCCGCCGCAGCUCCUCUGUAGUCAGCAAGUCUGAAUACAUGGAGAUAGACGAGGACAUGAAUAACAGCAUCGAUAACUUUAGGGAAGCCAACCUCCGAACUGCCAACUGCAUGGCUCCCAGCCAGAACUGUGUGAGCAAGGGCAAACUGCUCACUGACGUGUGA